CUUUCGACUGUGGUUUCACGUAUGUUUUUUCUCGCUAAAAGCCUGUAUAAACUUCCUGUAUAGGAAGCUCAUCUUCUUACUCAGGAAUUAAUGAUUCAAUUAAUUUAUUAAAAACUGCUUCAGCUUUCAGUACUGAUAAUUGUAAAGUUCACCAUCGAAGUCCGGGUACAAAUCAAACUCACAAUUCAGGUUAGGGGACACUUUAUGGGAACAACUUCCUAACAUUUUUUCUGUUUAUUUAACUACUGUAAAAAUAUUAUCCGUUUAUUAUCGGAUUUUCUCAAUUCGGGAAUUCGCAUCUUCAAAAUAAUCUCGUUGCAUUCGCACCGGAUAUUUAGGAUAUAUCCAUUUCGCCGUCUUAUCCGUUAUUUGCGACCAUGCGAAAUGUCGCUACCACCAUUAAUUACACACUCAAAAUCCUCUGGCGAAAACUCGCCGUCAACCGUGCUGGCCGCAUAAUCUCCUUAUACGCCCUACUUUUCCUCAUCUUCUUCAACGGUAAACUGCGCAAUCUCGCGCCCAACAAUGAACCGGAAGCCCCACCCAGCCCACCGGAAGCGGAGACGCCACCCAUUCCCAAAUUCUCCGUCGUGAAUGAAAACGUCAUUCCCGUUCGGGAAAAAUUCCCCGAUAUUCCCUAUGAACGCUGGUACAUGAGCAACGCCACUCUGCGCACGUCUUCCUUCACUUUAUCCCUCGGUGAGGGCAAAAAGGAGAUCGCCAAGAUCUGGCCGGAAAACCACGGCGUGAACGAUCGCGUGGAGAAUCAGCUCUUAUAUUCUAAAUAUUCCGAUGAUAUGCUCAGCGGGCAUUACCGCUUUCACAGCACCAAAACGAUCUUGUUCGCGGGGCAAAAAGUGAAGAGCAGCAAGCGGCUGCCGGUUGGGAAGGCAUACUUUUAUAAAACGGGAUGCCCGGUAAAGAACUGCCGGCUGACGUACGACCUGGACAAGGCUAAGGAGGCCGAUGCCAUUGUUUUUAAAGAUUAUGUUAACGGGGAAUUUAUCGAAGGAUACAAGCGUCCACUGAACCAAAUCUGGAUGUUGUCCCUUUUGGAGCCACCAAACUAUUCCAAGGAUUUCAAUCCAUACAAGGACAGAAUCAACUGGACGGCAACAUACCGGCACGAUAGCGAAUUAGUGACGCCGUAUGAGAAAUUCGUGCUCUACGACCGCAACAUCAAAUCGAAAAACCAGACGGAAAACAUCGCCGCUAAAAAGCGCGGAUUCAAGCAUCAGCCCGGUCGCAUCGCCUGGUUCGUGUCCAACUGCGAGGCGCCCAACAACCGCUUGGCCUAUGCUAAGGAAUUGGCCAAGUAUUAUCCCGUGGACAUCUUCGGCCGCUGUGGACCACACAAAUGUGAUUUGAGCCGACAAGAGAAAUGCCUCAGUAUUCUCCAAAAAGACUACAAGUAUUAUUUAGCCUUCGAGAACAGCAACUGCCGAUGGUAUAUCACAGAAAAAUUCUGGAUAGCAUUACGGGCGGAAGUGGUGCCAAUUGUCAUGGGAGCUCCCGUCUCCGACUACGAAGCGGUCGCCCCGUACGGCUCCUUUAUUCAUGUAGACAAUUAUGCCCAUCCCAAGCAACUAGCGGAGUAUCUGCAUUAUCUGGACGCACACGACGCUGAAUAUAACGAGUACUUCCGGUGGACUGGCACGGGAGAGCUGAUCAACACAUAUUCCUACUGCCGAUUGUGCACUUUAAUGCAUUCGGAAUAUCCAAGGAUGAGCUAUGGAGAUGUGCAGACAUGGUGGCAGAUGGGCGGGACGGCAUGCAGCAACGACAAGAACAAUUUCACUCUUGCACGCGUUGGACCAUAGUCCCGGAGAUGAAGAGAUUCUGUUCGCGAAAUCGGAAUGCAAAAGAGGUGUACAACGACCGAUCGCACUGACUGCAACGAUGCAGGGCUUUUGCAUAAAGUAUAAAUGGAUAUGCGCAGGCGCAUUAGAAAACUCUAAACUUAUUGCAUCACCCUGACUGUGUCGAAUAGAUACCAAAGCAAAGUUCUACAAACUCAAACGACGACGAAUGACUUCUGUCUCGAAUCCUCAUCGACAAUCAUUUGUCCAAGCGAUAGAAAUAAAUAUUAUAUAAAUUAAACAAAGAUCAAAUAAA